AUGCUCUUCCUCAAGGCCCUCGGACUUCUUCCCUUCGUAGCCAUGGCUUUGGCCGGCCCUUCUAAGUUUGCGGACACAUGUCAAGACAUUGAUGGCGAAGGCACAACUCUGCGAGCACAGUGUCAAGAGAGGGAGAAUGGCCAACUCAGAUGGAGCACACUCGACCUGAACCGGUGCAUCAAGAAUAACAAGGGCAAUCUAAAGUGCGGAAAGAAUGGCAAUUACUCCGGCUCUUGCAUCAACUGCACCCUUCGUGGAAUCGCCGAGUUUUCCUGCCAGUGCCGUAACUCCGAAGACGAUCACAGACACGUUGCUACCACCCUCGAUCUCAACAAAUGUAUCAGCAACGACCAUGGCGAGCUUCGGUGCUAG